AUGUCUGCCAUUACAUCUAACACUCCAACCUCUCCUAUUCAACACCGGGACAUUCGCUCUGAGGCCCAAGCCUUCAAACGUGAUAAAGAUCACUCCCAGAAAUGGGUCAUGGGGGUUCGCCCACAAGCUGGCGCGAACAAGACUUUCAUAAGUUUGACUGAUGGCGAUGCAUCUGCUAAGGGAAAGGAGAAGGUUAGACCUCAAAAGUUAUGGAGUCAAGUUGGCAGCUCCGACCGACAUUACCGUAACAGUUUCAAUGCUCCUUCAAAACCAUCCGGGUCCCCAUCUUACAACCACGGUCUUACAUCCUCUUCCCGUAUCGCCCGCAAGAUCGAUGCCCAUGUUGAGGCUGCAGAUAAGACCUCCCAUCCUCUCUCCAGAUCUCUACUCGAUCUUCUUCCAACACAUUACAAUAAUACAUCUCCAUCUAUCGCUACCGCAAUCAUGAAUACUGGUGACGAGGGUGUUCUUUACUCUUUUGAUAGAACAGACACACCAAGCAACAGAGUGGACUUGGGUGGGUUGGUAGACCUUGCGGAGCAGAGAUGGGUCAAUGAACAAACCGAGAAGAUCAUUAGGGGUGAAUAUGAGGUUUUGGAUGCAGAAGGAGAGACAGUUCUUCAAAGACAAAGAGGCAGAAAGAGUCCCAGAUCCAAGGCUCUUUCUCGUACUCGUGGAGACUCGAAGGCUAAAACCCAUAAAUCAGAACCGCUUGAGGAUGAUGGAUUCGAACUUAUCUAA